CUUGACAUGUCACCGUUAUCUCAAAAAUCUACAUAUGCGUUCAUCUCUCUGGUUAUAAAUGGAAGUUGGAACUAGAGUUUGGAGAGUUUAAGUUCAUCCACCUCAAAACCAUAGAGCAAUGACAUCAGCUUAUAAUUCCUUUCCGAUGACAGGCGGUAACGGUCAACACAGUUACCUCCAUAAUUCUUCAUACCAAAAAGCAGCAAUAGAUGGCGCUGAAGAGAAGACAAGGCAAUGCAUUUUAGAAAAACUCAGUCGCCAACUAAAUUCCGAUCUUGGUAUUGUUAGAAUUGCGGAUUUUGGUUGUUCUAGUGGACCUAACACAUUUCAUGCUGUUCAAAAUAUCAUUGAUACGGUGAAAUUCAAACAAUUGAAGGAAAACAACGAAGGUAGCCUCAUGCCUCUCGAGUUCCAAGUGUUCUUUAAUGAUCAACCCAACAAUGACUUCAACACACUCUUUAGAACCCUACCUCCUUCCUUUCAACGCGAAUAUUUCUCGGUCGGAGUUCCAGGCUCCUUCUAUGGUCGACUGUUACCAACACAAAGUAUCCACAUCGGACACACUUCCUACACAACUCACUGGCUUUCCGAAGUUCCCAAAGACGUAUGUGUCAAGAAUUCUCUGGCUUGGAACAAAAAUUACAUUCUAUGUAAUAAUGCAAUAGAAGAAGUGACCAAAGCUUACAAAAUCCAGUUCAUAAAAGACAUGAGGGUUUUUCUUGAAGCUAGAGCUGAAGAGAUUGUUCAUGGAGGAUUAAUGUUUGUUUUAGGACAAUGUUUGGCCGAUGGUGUCAACAUGUCUGAGACAUGGCAGGGUAUUGUGGUGGAUACUAUCGGUAAUUGUCUUAUGGAUAUGGCCAAAUCGGGACUAACGAGCAAGGAAAAGGUAGAGUUGUUCAACUUGCCUGUAUAUUUUCCGCAGUUUAGCGAGUUGAAGAGAGAGAUUGAGAGAAAUAGAUGCUUUACAAUUGAGACGAUGGAGACUAUAAGUCAUCCAUUGGAGGAUAAUCCAUUAUCCAACAACUUUAUUAUUUCCAUGUUUAGAGCUAUUCUCAAUACCAUCAUCAAAGAACAUUUUGGAGAAGGUGUGGUCAAUGAGCUAUUUGAUCGUUUGGCUAAGAAACUUGCCAUGUACCCAAUUGACUUUAAAAAGUGUGAGAAACAUGUGAACUAUUUUAUAUUGCUUAAACGAAAUUGAAUAAGAGAAUUGGCGAAGUUUAAUUAUUAAUAAUUUCACGUAAUAAAAAAUAAGUUUGUUAACUAAUUAACAUAGUUUUUAUACGUGUAAAACAAUUAGAUUCAAACAUAAUAACAUAAACAUAAAUAGAUUUGGGACGAAUUCAU